AUGGCGAGCUACUUCGAGACGACCGCGCUGACGCCGACGCUGGGCGCUGACGAGACCAUCUCGGAGGACGCGGUCCGAGAGCACUUUGACGACGUCGAGUCGAGCUUCCUGCCGACCUUGUCCCCGAUCCCCACCGCCCCUGCGACUGCAGGCACAACUGCUGAUGACAGCUUCGUCUUCGAUGCGCCCGCGAAACGGUCUACACAGUCCGCCAAAAGCUCUGCUCAGUCCGAAGCCCAGCACAAGUCGUCGCAGUCCAGACCCGAGCCACGAUACGAGCCGAGCUACAAGACGGAAGCGGACUACACGCACCACAACACCACGUCCAACCUAGAAGACUUCGAUUCCUCGCCCGCAGCGGCGGCGGCUGCUCGGUCCAUUACUCGUGCCGCGACCGCUGCUCAGAACAACCAGAACACCCCCAGGGUGGGAGCACAAGAGGAGCGCGGUAAGGAUGGACAGGCUGGCGCUGGCGGACCUCGACCUGGUGGCCAGGACCCUGCCGCUUCCUCGUUUCGCCAUUCUCAGCAGGCCGCGGAGCCGUUCGACACGAGCGGCAGCCCUGGACAUGCCCUGCGCAACAGGCGCCCGAAAUACGUUCGCAGCAACCGCUUCAGCAGCUCGCGAUCCUCGACCUCCUCCUUCAUAACCAAUCCUGAGUCUCAAGAGGACAGUGAUGCUACCGUGGGGACCGUAGGGCUGGGGCUGGACUAUGCGUUACAUUCUGGCGGAGCGGUGCCCAACACAGGCAUGUCUCGAGCUCCAUCCAACCUGCUGCUGCGCUCGAUAAGCACGGGCAGCAUGACUUCUGGCAUGGGCACGGACGAAUUCGGUGACAACACUCGUCAACUAGAGCCUCUGCAAGAGGUGGACACUCCUACCAGAGGAAGGGACAACUAUGGGAUGGUGACGCCCAAGACCAAAGACAGCAUGAAUACCGCUCCUACGGAUACCGUCAUCGCCCAGCACGUUAAGAAUGUCCACGUCCCGGAUUCGGUAGCGAAGGAGUUCAAGUUUGAAAAUGGCCUACAAACUCCACGGAUGUCUGUCUCAAACGCCACUGCAGUCAACAGCGCCAAGAUGACGGGCAAGGGCGGCAACCAGAACUGGACUCUGAAGGAACAGAGCAGCACGAUUGAGAGACUAUCCAAGGAGAACUUUGACCUGAAGCUGAAGGUCAUGUUCCUCAGCAAACGGCUCGACACCCUGUCGGAAGAAGGCCUCAAGGAGAUGAUAUCCGAAAACGUCGAGCUGAGAACGAAUCUCGCGAUAACAACGCGCGACAACAAGAUUUUGCGAAAACGCGUCAAGGAACUGGAAAAGAAGGAGAAGGAAGACGAAGAGAGGCCGAGCACUGCGCGGAGCGCUGCCUCCUCGACGGACCAGACUGCCAAGAUGUACAAUGAGGAGGCGCAGGAGCGGGAAGAAGAGCUCAUGUUUUUGCGGGAGCGUGUCGAAACCUAUGCCACCGAAAUCGAAAGGUUGCGGAGCGAGACGAUGGAUAGGGAAUCGGAGAAGAAGAAGCUGUCGGAUAUCGUCAAGACGCUCGGUGAACGCUCAGGAGACGCUUUCGGACGCCAGGAGGAGGCGGAUGUCUGGAAGGAUCUGUUGGAGCAGGAGACUGCGCGCAGAGAGCAGGCGGACGAGGACAACAGGAAGCUGCGGGAUGAGGUCUUCCGGCUCAAGAAGGAGAUGUCUGGCGCCGGCACCGGGAUGAUGCAUCACACGACCAACAUUUACAACAUUACCAAGAAGCCCCGGGAUCGCAACGCCUCGCCGGGUCGGCCCAUGUCCAGCGUGUCUGGCGACGUAGAUGGAUCUCAUGCUAACUUCAGCGCCGCCAGCACCUUGGUCGACGAGCUGCGCCGGGAGAGCGAGCAGCUGCGGCACGAGAAUGCCGAGCUUCGGCGCGAGGUCGGGGCCCAGACCUCCAUGCUGACUUCCAGAAACCGCGAAAAGGAGCGCCUGUACCAGGAAAUCGAGGACCUCAAGAUGGCCCAGCGACGCGGCGGCCCCGCUCCUUCUACUAUUGACAGUCUCUUGGAGCGAUCCGCAUCGCGUGCCGGCGGCCACGACAGGCCAGGCUCGAGAGGCAGUGUUCGGACGAGGCAGCUGACGGCGGAGGACGAGGCAGAGCGCGAAGAGCUGGAGAAUCAGAUCGCCGAGACGCGCGACAAAUACAGCAAGGCUAUGCUGGAGAAUCAGGAUUUGAGGGGCACACUGGACAGGUGUUUGGGCGAUUUAGAGGAGCUUUCUCACGAGAAGCGCGUAGCGGAGGAGAACAUUCUAGCCUUGCAGGAAGAGGUUGAGAAUAUGGGCAAGGAUCUCGUUGCCUUGCAGCAAGAGCGCGACGAAGCCUUGGUCGCCGAGCAAGCGCUAGAGGCUGAGAUGGAGGCUCUUCGGGCGGAAGCACAGGGCGAGAUUGAUCUGUUGGACGCCGAAGUUGAGAAGCUGAACAUUGAGCUGCGCGACCGAUCCGAGAACUUUGACAGCUUGCAGAAGGAGAUGCGACAGAUGAGCGAAGCCCUCCUUAGCCUCGAGGACGAGCAGGAUCAGAAGCUCCAGCACAUUCAACGGCUUGAGGAGGAGCAUGCCAAUCUCACCCACCGCAUCCAGCACCUGCAGCAGGAGCAGGAAUCGUCCAACAAGGAGCUGGAGGAGCUGGAGCAGAAGCUCCUCGAAGCCAACGAAAAGAACCAGCGGCUCUCUGUCCAGCAGGAGUCGUCCCAGGGCGAGAUCUCGUUCCUCCGGGAGGAGCAGGAGGCAGACAAGAUUCGCAUCGGCGAUCUCGAGGCGGCCCUCUCCAACACGCAGAGGGGCCUGGAAGACGAAAAGGAGCGGGUCAAGGAGCUGGAGAACCGGAUGCAAGAAGAGCGCGCACAGUGGGAGGAUGUGACCACUAAGAAGGACGCAGAUGUGCAGCAAAUUUUUGCCAACCUUCAGCGCGAGAACGCCAACGCCAAGGACGAGGUCAAGCGACUGCGCAAGAGCCUGUCGUCCCGCGAGGUCGAGGCAACGGAGUGGAAGGAGAGGUUGCUGGAGCUGGAGAACAACCUGAGGGAGGCAUUGGGUGACCUCAAUGGCACCCGUUCUUCGCUGCUUAAGUCUAUUGCACGCAUGCAGCGCGAGCUCGAGAACACCGUUCGUGAACUUGAUACGUCCAAAGCGGCACUGGUGGAAAAAGAACGCAUCAUCAAGCAGCGUGAUUCGCUUAUGGAGUCUCACGCCUUGGAGACUCGCAAAAUCACCGAGCUGCUGGAAAAGGAGCGCGUUGCCCACCGCAAUACCAAGUCCCAGUUUGAAUCCUUCCAAAAGACACACCAGCACCUCACCCGGACGGCCAGCACGCAAGAUGUCCGCAUUAGCGAACUGGAAGCCACUCGAGGCCAGGAUCGCCGUAAGCUGGCCAUGCUGGAGCAGACGGCCCGCGAGCAGCUGCUGGAGAGGAACGAGCUUCUUCUCCUGCUGUGGCACAAGCUGAGCUCGCUCUGCGGCCGAGAGUGGGCUAAUAACAAUACCCUCGUGGACCGGCAGGUGGUGCCGACGCUGGAGGUCAUAGCGAGUCGCCUUCCAGGAUUCUCCAAGAACCUCCUCGCCGCUGUCAAGACCAUCGAGGGCAUGUUUGCCGCCUUGCAGACGAAGAUCAAAUCUGUGGAGAAGGAUCUCUACCGCGAGUACCAGGCUCUCGAGAACAACCUGGACGCGCGAAUCAAGAAGCUGGACCGGCUGGAGACCAUGGUCCGCAACUCGAUCGCCACCGGCUCGCUGGGCCAUCAGGAUGUGUCGAGCCGGAUGCUGCGCCUCGAGGAGGCCUACCGCCAGCUCAAGGUGGAAAAUGCCACGCUGAGGACUGCUAAUGAUGUUCGUGCUCGCGCGGCCCAUCAAGCUCCGGGCGGUGGCUCCGACGGGGGCGCCGUCUCGCCGUCGGCUCGCAACUCUAAGAGCAGAGGCUCAUCUGCCGCGCGACCGCCAUCCACUUCCGGGAUCCCGGUGUCGUCCUCUAGGACGGCGGGACUGGGCCUCUUGGAUCCGUCGAAUGCCGACGGUUCGGCCAACGACAAUCGCUGGCUGCUGCGGCUCCGGGAUAUGGAGUACAAGCUGAAGAUGGAGCGAGAAGGGCGCAACCAGGACAGGCAGGCGGCAAGGCAACGGCUCGGCGGUCUCGAGAACGAAAACCGUGAUCUGAGAGAGAAGGUGAGGCGCGCAAACGCCGACACCGACUAA